UGUACACAAUCAUUAGCACUGUACCAGUUUCAAGAAAGAAUUUAAAUUGAUAACUGUAACAAGGAUUAUAGAUAUCGUAGAAUAUGUGUUCAACUAGACAUAUCAUUCAAACGGUGCAUUCUUCUACAAAAUGUUUUUUUAACUUUCUCAAAACUGCAUCAAAGACUCAAGAUGUAAAAAUGCUCAGAUCUGUCCACACUUAUAACAAUAAUUCUUUUGGUAAAUAUGACAUAGUGCGACCUGGAUUAGUCUCUAAAAAGGUUGAUGUACCUGCGUAUAUACCUCAACCAUCUUAUAGUCACUCGACGAUACCUGAUCAAAGUGGACCAACAACACCUGAAAUCAAGGAUGCAUCCCAAAUAGAAUGCAUGAGGCACAGUUGUAAACUUGCCAGUCACAUCUUACGUGAAGUUGAUCACUUAAUUAAGCCAGGCAUUUCGACCGAUUUUCUUGAUGAACAAGUACACGAGAUGAUCAUAGGCAAUGGAGCUUAUCCCAGUCCUCUCAAUUAUUUUGGCUUUCCCAAAUCUAUAUGUACAAGUAUUAACAAUGUUGCUUGCCAUGGUAUUCCAGACAAUAGGCCUUUACGAGAAGGUGAUAUACUUAAUGUCGAUAUAACAGUAUAUCUUAAUGGUUAUCACGGCGAUUGCUCUGCCAUGUUUCAAGUGGGCGAAGUUGAUCCAGAAGGCAAACGAUUGAUAACGGUAACGGAAUUGUGCUUAAAAUCGGCUAUUGAAAUAUGCAAGCCAAACGAACAUUUUUGCAAUAUUGGUAAUGUAAUAGAAGAGACAGCAAAGAAGCACAAUUUCAAUGUAAUACCGGCAUUCAUAGGCCAUGGUAUUGGAUCCUAUUUUCAUGGUGCUCCAGACAUUUUACAUUUUGCAAAUGAUCAUUCUGGGAAAAUGAAAUCAGGAAUGACAUUUACUAUUGAACCAGUUUUGGGCCAAGGAACGACGCAGAUUGAAAUUCUGGAAGAUGGAUGGACCGCUUGUACUGUCGAUAAUUCUAGGACGGCUCAAAUUGAACAUACAAUUUUAAUAACAGAUACUGGAUGUGAAAUAUUAACACUCUAGUCUAUUUUAUCGAACUAUGUAUAAAAAAGUAAUGCUUAUUAAUAUUAUAUAUAUAUAUAUAUAUAUUAUACAUAUAUUAUUUCCA